AUGGGCUCUGCUGUGCUUGCACAUGCAAAGCUUUUGAACUGGUUGCUGUUGUUGUCAAGUCUGGUAUGCUGUUCUGCUGCUGCUUAUGUGGAUGAACCCAGCCUAGGCAGGAGUUUCUUGUCUCACUAUGAACCUGAUCAGGAGGGUGCUGUUGGCUCUUCACAAGAUACGAGGCUACAUGUUUUCACAGUGGACUAUGACUAUGUGCAAAUUCCCUAUGAAGUUACUCUUUGGAUCCUCCUUGCCUCUCUUGCAAAAAUAGGUUUCCAUCUCUAUCACCGGUUACCAAGACUCAUGCCUGAAAGCUGCAUCCUGAUUGCCAUUGGAGCACUAGUAGGAGCAAUCAUCUUUGCUUCUGACCACAAAUCUCCACCAGUGAUGACCACAAGUAUUUACUUCUUAUAUCUCCUUCCACCCAUUGUUCUGGAGGAGGGUUAUUUCAUGCCAACUCGCCCGUUUUUUGAAAACUUUGGGUCCAUCCUGUGGUGGUCUGUGCUGGGAUCUCUGCUAAACUCGUUUGGGAUCGGUCUUUCCCUCUACGGAGUCUGCCAGAUUGAAGCCUUUGGCCUGACUGACCUGAACCUGCUGCAGAACCUGCUCUUUGGCAGCAUGAUUUCAGCUGUGGAUCCUGUGGCAGCUCUGGUAGUUUUUGAAGAAGCCUCUGUUAAUGAGCAGCUUUACAUGAUGAUCUUCGGAGAGUCAUUGCUAAAUGAUGGCAUAACAGUGGUUUUAUAUAACAUCUUCAUCGCCUUCACCCAGAUGCACAGGUACGAAGAAAUUGAAUCCAUCGACGUCUUUGCUGGCUUUGCUCGCUUCUUCGUGGUGGGCCUGGGUGGCGUGCUGUUUGGCAUCGUCUUUGGAUUUGUUUCGGCACUCAUGACUCGAUUCACCCACAACGUUUCUGCUAUUGAACCCCUGCUGGUCUUCAUGUUCAGCUACCUGUCAUACUUGUCCGCUGAAACCCUUUACAUCUCAGGCAUUUUGGCGAUGACAGCAUGUGCAGUGACAAUGAAAAAAUACGUGGAGGAGAAUGUUUCCCAGAAUUCCUAUACCACAAUAAAAUAUUUCAUGAAGAUGCUGAGCAGUGUCAGCGAGACCCUGAUUUUUGUGUUCAUGGGAGUGUCUACAGUGGGGAAAAACCAUGAGUGGAACUGGGCCUUCAUUUGCUUCACUCUGCUCUUCUGCCUCAUUUGGCGGACACUGAGUGUAUUUGCUCUCUUCUACAUCAGUAACAAGUUCCGAACAUAUCCCUUCACCUUCAAAGACCAACUCAUUAUUUCCUACAGUGGCCUUCGAGGAGCCAGCAGCUUCUCCCUUGCAUUCUUGCUUCCAGUGAAUCUCUUCCCAAGAAAAAAAUUGUUCAUUACUGCUACUCUUGUAGUUAUAUAUUUCACUGUGUUCAUCCAAGGAAUCACAAUUGGACCACUGGUCAGAUAUCUAGAUGUUAAAAAGACCAACAAAAAGGAGUCUAUCAAUGAAGAAAUUCAUGUGCGGUUGAUGGAUCACUUGAAGGCUGGUAUUGAAGACAUAUGUGGACAUUGGAGUCAUUAUCAGCUGAGAGAUAAGAGUGACAGAAAGCGACAUGUGCAUAGGCUCUCCCCUGCAGAGGUGGAGUCCAUGAGAGAUGUCCUGGCACAUAAUCUAUAUCAAGUGCGACAAAGGGCACCGACAUACAACCGACACAACCUGCCUACCAACACAACUGAGAAACAAGCCCAAGAAAUCCUCAUCCGUCGGCAGCACAGCCUGAGGCAGAGUUGCAGGAAGGGAAACAGCUUACCUUGGGGUAGACCGGCUAGCACCGUGGAAGUACGCUACUUCUCUUUGCCUCAGGGCCCCAGCCAGCCCACUAGACGAAAGACCAGGCGUGUUACUUUUACAGACCACCACAGAAUCGGCUCUGAUGCUGCGUUCCCUGUGAUGUUCAGACCCCAGCCUCGAUUACGGCCACUCGAACCAAAGCACCACCAGGAAGAGCUGAUUCCAAUGGCACACUUGGACAGAGGAGCGGGCCCAUCCAAUCUGUCAGGUCGAAGAGGAAAUUCAAUCAGUCGGCAUCAUUUCACCAGAGCAGGCAAUCUAGCUCUGAUGCCAAAGUCUCGAUUCGCUGUGGCAGAAGUACAGGAGUAUGAGUCAGAAGAAGAGACAGAACCGAUGGCACCAGCCAGGCCAUUAGACAUAUGA